GUGAAGGGUACGGAGCGAGCCAGAGGCAAUGUUUUUGAAGAGAAAAUGUCAGGGAAGGAAAAAAAAAGAGAGCACUGUAGGUUUACGCAUCUGUAAGCUGUGAAACAAUUUGCAGGUGAACAGAUCUACAGAGGAAAAGAAAAAUGGACUGAGUUUAAGGUAGCGUGCAUGCCACCGUGAGGUUUGGAAAACUUUGACAUGCAAAAUGCCAGAAUGAGUGCUGUUUUUCUGCACGAGAAAACAGCUUCACUAAAAGUUAUGUAAAAAGUUGUUGCCACACAAGUCUGCAUGAAACUUUGUCUGAAUAUUCUGCAGCUCAGAUGUGUUAAAAGACUUAAGAGUUGUUUUUUUUCUAUCGGGGGAUGAGAAAGAGACAAUAAGCUUAGAUAAUUAGUGUGUCAGAGAUCUCUAGAUGUUGUGAUGUGUCAUCAGAUAAACCUGCUGGACCAGGCGGUGGAACAGUACAACAGGUUACAGAUAUAUAGAGUACAUAAAUGUCUCUCUAUCAGAGACAUAAAACCCACAUCUUACUUUAAUUGCAUGCUUACUUACGCACUGACUCAUGUAUUAAGCCUGAAAGGGGGUUUAAAAUAGGCAGUUAUAAUCAGUUAUGAUUUAAUAUGGGUGGCGCCAUUUAAGUAUCCUCUUCUCUUCUCUCAGUUUCUCACAAUGCUUCUCUCAUUUACUCAACCACCCACUCAAAAAGAAAACGGCGAUUAAAGGAAGUCGGCAUUAAGAUAAUUUUGCUUCGCAAAAUGAAGUUAAAAUGGAUGACUCAAGCUAUAAACUGGAUUAUAUAAAUUUGAUUGCAACAUCACAAUGGGCUAGUCGAUUAUGCUUAAACAUGGCAUGAUUUAUAUUGGACUGUCCUGCUGAGGCAUAACACAGUGAAUGAUUUGGUGCAUCCUCAAAAGUAAGCUAAGUUGAUGUCACUUUCUCACGUUCAUUACCAUUUCCUUUGUCUCCACACUGUCUAUUUCUGAAUGGAAGGAUAACUUCUUCGUAGUUGUUGCUUAUUAAAUGCGUACAGGUUCAAAGGCUGUUGUGUCAUAACAUUGAAUUGAUAUACUUUUAAGUACAUUGUAUUUCAUAAUAUGUUCCUAAACUUUUUUCUUAUCUUACUUUCAGGUGUUCCCACAACCAAGAUGGCCACCUUUGACAACAACAAGACUAACCAAACCAAUGUCAAUGCCUUCUACUGUGAAUUUAACGAAGAUUUUAAAUAUAUUCUUCUUCCUGUCAGCUAUGCCCUGGUCUUUGUGAUCGGCCUGGCACUGAAUGCCACAGCAUUGUAUGUGAUUGUGUUUCGCACAAAGCGCUGGAAGCCAUCCACUAUCUACAUGUUCAACCUGACGAUGUGUGACACUCUAUACAUCUUCACUCUGCCCUUCCUCAUCUAUUACUAUGCUGAUGAGAAUGACUGGCCCUUCAGUGAACCAUUCUGCAAGCUUAUACGCUUCCUGUUUUAUGCCAAUUUAUACGGUUCCAUACUGUUCCUGUGCUGUAUCAGUCUGCAUCGGUUUGUUGGCAUCUGCUAUCCAGUCCGCUCCCUCUACUGGGUCAGCGCUCGUCGGGCCAGGCUGGUGUCUGUGGCUGUGUGGGCCUGUGUUUUAUUCUGCCAGGCACCUGUUCUCUACUUCUCAAGAACUAGGGAUGUGGACACUGAGAGGAUCUGCUACGACACCACCAGCCCCGAGCUCUUUGAUGACUUCCUGGUAUAUAGCUCAGUUGUGUCCCUGCUCAUGUUUGCCCUGCCCUUCAUGGUGGUCAUGGUUUGCUAUGGCCUCAUGGUGCGGAAGCUUCUAGAGUCUAGCUGGGGGUCUGAAGGGGGAGCUGGAGGGGAGAGGGGAGGCCUGGCAGCCCAACGAUCCAAGCAGAAGUCAGUGAAGAUGAUUAUCAUUGUCCUGGCAAUGUUCAUGCUCUGCUUCCUCCCCUUCCACCUCACCAGGAGUCUUUACUACUCUUUCAGAUACCUGAGGCAGGUCAAUCCAGCACAGAUUAGCUGUAAUUUGCUGGAGGGUUCCAGUAUUGCCUACAAGGUCACCCGACCUUUGGCCAGUGCCAACAGCUGUGUGGACCCCAUCCUUUACUUCCUGGCUGGGCAGGACGUCCGCUGUAACCUCCCAAAGAAGAGCAAGUCAUCUUCAUCAAGACCCAGAGGUGUGAGCCACUGCUUGACAACACAACUCUGAUCCAAUACCUGAAACUAUCAUGGUAAAAAAUGGAAAAAGUUGCGGCAACUGUACUUAUUGCCAGUCUCCUCUGGUAAAUGUGACACCCCACAACUGCUUCAAGAGCGCACAUUUCAAUAUAAAGUACAAGUUGCCUGCUUAGCAAGCACAGGACUUCUGAGGGUCAUGUCUCCCUGCUAAGGAGCAAAUGUGUUUCCAAGAAAUAAUUGAACCUUAUGUAAUGUUCUUCAAGCAAAUAUAAGUGUUUUCGUUUUUAUCUACGGUUUUAUUUAUAUAGAAUAGACACAAACUGUACAAGCACAGUCCUUAUUUAGAAAUGUCACUGCAAGUAAGUAAACACCAGGGUAAGACUUCAGAAUUUUGAAAAUCUUAUUUGACUAAAAGUCUUCUAAAAAGUAUUCUAAAAGUCUUAGAAUAACUAAUCUAAGGACUGAGUUGUACAAGGUACAUUCAAGCACACUGCAUUCAGAUUUCCUUCAUUUAACCAGUUGAAGUGCUUGUUCAGAUUUGACAAGAUGUAAAACAUGGACAGUACAGUUAUGAUGACAAAAGGCUGUAAAUAAACAUCUAAAUCACGUAGUGUAUUCCUGACUAAGCAUUUAAAGGACUGAAAGAUAGGAUUGAGAUGUUUUUGGUUGUUUUUUUUGGUAAACGAUUAAAAAGCUAUAACAUAUUGAUAAAACUAAAGUACAUGGUGCCUCACAGCCUGUUUGUAUGUUUGUGUAGGAACAAGUUUUCCUCAGCUCACCUUCCUUUGACAAAGUGGGCAGACAUGUCUGCGUUCCCCUCUCUGUUCAGCCACUCUGUGCUUUUCAAGGCUUGUUUUGAAUGUGCCGGAGUUGCGUGUGUGUGUGUGUGUGUGUGUGUGUGUGUGACACUUUGUGUUACAAAAUGUGAAGGAAGUAAAAAUCAUUCUGUAAUAAUCAUGUACAAAUUUUGAUGAUAUGGUUUGAAUAUGGUUGUGGUGCUACCUUUUUUUCUCAUUUGUAUAAUGUACCAUACAGCACGUUUUAAUCUAAAUGCCAUAAUUUGUGUGAAGAAAGAUAUAAUUCUUGCACAAUAGCCGAAUAGCUGACUGAGUGUCACUAUCGUUCUGCAAGACAUUUUCUUAGCAAAGCAGGUAGCUUUUCUUUCCUUUAAUGUCACAUUAUUUUAUCUGUUACUCUUUGAUUAUUACAACAGUGCAGCUUCUGAGCAGCAGUAUUUCAUGUCAGCCUAUUGGUUAUGAGUUUGGAAAGUAGUAACUGUAAUUUGUGGCAAGAGUAACCUUUGGUUCAAUGUAGCUGAGCCACUUGGGAAUCUCACUGUAAUUGGCUACACUUGAUUUACAUUAUCAGCGGUCCUUUCAUUUAAUGAAGACAAGACCACCACUAGGGGGAGAUACUGCCUAAAAAACUUUUAGGCAGCAUCAAAGGCUUUUGCCUUUGAUGCUUUAGGAGUCUCAACUCAUUUUUUAUGCUUCUGCACCGGCCAGAAGCCUUGUUUUUUCAGGGGCUGUCCGUUCGUCUCUCCGUCCGUCUCUCCGUCCGGCCCUCUGCUCCAUUCUCGUGAACCCGAUAUCUCAGGAACGCACUUGAGGCACAAACCUUCACUUGGACUCAAGGGUGAAAGGUCCAAUGUCAGGGUCAGUGUGACCUCACGUCCAUCCCAUUUUUUGUGAAUGCGAUACAUCAGGUCAGACUGGAGGGAAUUUCAUUAAUUCUGGCACAAACGUUGGCCAUAACUCAAGAAUUUAUAAUGAUAACUAUGAAAUAUACACUUAAUACCUUUUAUUAAAUUCCUUCAAACUCUUCGCUACAUACAGUAUAUCACUAUAAAUGAGUCUGGACAG